UUGUACAAGAUUUUUAAAAAAAUUUUCAAAAAAUUCAAUCAUUAAAAUACAAACAUUAAUUAGAAUACGAAUGAGAUUAAAAUUUAUACAAUUGUAUAUAAUGUAUAUAUGUUGAUUAAGUUUAAAAUAUAACUAAAUAUAAAAUAAUUUUUAAAGGAAUUUAGAGAUUAUCAGUAAUCUUGAAGGAAAAUGAAAAAAAAAUUAUUCCUAUAUUUUUUCUACAUCAUCAUAUUUUUUCUCAUAGUGAAGGGUAUAAUAAUAUUUAUUGAUAAAAACUUUAUUUCGACGAUGAAAAUCAUAAAUUUGAAUGAUAUUUCUUGUUAUGAUGAAGCAAGUACGCAAAACAGCCUUCCAGACUUUGAUUCAAAAUUAGAUGAACCAAAUGUGGACAAGAAUAUUUUCUUUCAUGAGACAUCUUGUUUUGAUAAAAAUAAUUUGAUAUUAAAUGCUCGUCAAGCAUGCGCCAUUGAAUCUGCAGCUAAAAUGAAUCCAAAUAUGAACGUGUAUCUGCUAUUCCUUUCUCCUUCUAAAAUUUCGAAACAAUCAAGAAAAAUGUUUGAACAACUACAAACUUAUUCGAAUAUUCGUAUCAGACGUGUUAAAUUUCAAAAUUAUGUAAAAAACACACCUCUGGAUAUGUGGUACAAAAUCGAUAUAUUAAAGAAAAGUAAAUGGCCAAGAAUUCAAAUGGCUGAUAUUCUAAGAUUUCUAACACUUUGGAAAUACGGAGGAAUAUAUUUGGAUCUGGAUGUUGUUGUUAUCAAAUCCAUUGAACAUUUAACAAAUUUUGCUAGUGCUGAGGAUUGGUAUCAAGUGGCUGCUGGUAUUUUGGGAUUUGAUACUUCAAAAUUGGGUCGUCACAUUGCCAACGAGUCCAUUUACGAAAUACGAAAUAAUUUUCGAGGUGAUAUCUGGGGUUACAAUGCUCCCGGUGUAAUUACCAGAGUGUUAAAACGAAUUUGUUUAACGGAAAAUGUUCAGGACAUGUCUAGGAAUCGAUGCCAAGGCUUUCGUGUUUUUCCUCCUUCAAUGUUUUACCCGAUUCAUUACAAUAAUUGGUCGUUAUAUUUCAAGACAACAAACAAUACUGAAAUGAUGAAAAUAAUCGAACAAGCGAUGACAAUUCAUGUAUGGAACAAAUUAAGCAAUGCUGAAAAAGUGGAUGUAAAUAAUGAUGUACUUUAUGUGAAUAUUGCGAAAAAAUAUUGUCCAAAGAUUUUGAACAAUUGCGGAAAAUUAUUUUAAUAUUACAUAUUGAAAACUACAUAUAUAAGAUAUUGGAUUAAUGGAUCAUUUCUAAACUGGAAAUUUUUAAAUUUCAAACAACAUUUUUCUUUCGGCUUUAUCAACGAGUUAUUAACAAAAAAACAUUAACCAUGGAGCAUAUACUUCAAUCCAGCCACGACAAUAAUAGAAGCUACGUACCCAUGAUAAGCACAAUAUUGAAUUUUUUAUAAUUUUUUUCAUAAUAUAAUUCGAUAUAAUUUUUUAUCGAUAAAAUAUUCAUAUAUUAUAUUUCAUAUUUAACAUAAAUAUCACAUAAUGAAAUGUAACAUAUCUACAUUAUACGUAUGAAUAAUAAUCUAAAUAUUAUUAAAACUAUUAAACUUAAUGAAUUAAAUGACAUUUUGCGCACUUAAUUAGAAUUCAGCAUUUCUGUAAAUAAUAAUUUAAAUAAUGAAACUGACAAUUUUACAUAUAAGCAAUAUUAAUUGAUAUGAUAAAUCUCACUGUACCAUAAUCAUUUAAUAUAAAUUCUAUUUAAGAUUUCAUGUGAAUGAAAUAUAUAACACUAUGUUUAUUAAAAGCUUCAAUGACAUCGCUAUUCGUUCAGCCAUGUGCUGUAUUCUUAUUUCUGAUUGGUUAUUAUAUUUAUAUUUAUUUAAAUUAACGUAAGAGAAAACAAAAAAUAGCACAUCUUCAAUCAACGAAAUUUUGCAAACUAUUCGAUAGUUGCUAAUUUUUUAAUACAGUACCAUGAUAUUAUACAAAUAAUUUAACAACAAAAUAGGUAUCAUCUACUUCAAUCUGCGUAUUGUACAUGUAUAAAAUAUUAAUUUAUUUGUAGAAUAUAUUUGAAGAAUUCAAUUAA